AUGAAUAAAUUACCACUUGAAAUACUAAAGUAGUUUGAACACAAUCUAACUGCUCAAUCUACUACAUUCAGACACUAAAAUCUUAUGAAAACUCAAUUCCCUAUUUAAAAAAGGAAAAAGUCAAGGAGUCAAUUUCACAGUUGUAUUCUGCAGCCAAAAACGAACAAAUAGACUUUGAGGAGAAAAAGUUGUUGCUGCAAUGAAUGUGGAUAAUUGGGAACUUUUGAAUAUAAAUGCAUGAAUAUUAAAGGACCCAAACCUUAUAGGAGAUCCAUAUUCACAAGAAGGACUUCAAAUCAACAAGUAUCAUCUGCUUAGCCUAAGUCAGUUUAGAGGAACAGAUAGUAACUCAAGAAAAUAAACACAUACGAUGAAAGUAGGUUGAAUCAACUUACAGAAGCUAAUAAGACUCCUUUCACAAUGAGGGUGAUCUAAGGAUCAAUGACAAAAUUACAUUCUUAUUUCCAUAAACAAUAGCAGUAAUAGAUAAAAGUUUAUUAACUGAAUCAACUCACUCCUGGUUGCUCCCCAAAGCACUUGAAAUAGCAAAAAAGUUUGCCAUAAUUAUAUUCAUAUUUGAAUUAUAGAAAACUUGAUUGCUAAUUAUUAAAACCCUUAAAAUUAGAUUAAUAACCAAAACAAAGUUCAUAAUUAUAAUUAUUUCACAGAACAAAAUAACACAAAACCUUGUAAACAGUAGUUCAAUUCUGA